AUGGAUCGCCAGACGAGUCCCAGCCCAAUGGCUGCCGAGUCGGACGCGCCCUACGUCCCCCACGAUGUCUUUGACGAGACGGCAAACACGGCCCUCAUCGGCCUCGGCAGCGGCCUCUUCAUCGCCGCCAUCCGGAACGCAAUGUCCAAGCGCAACGUCGGCGCCAUGAGCGUCUUUACCCGCGGCGCCCCAAUCAUCGGCAUAUGCACUGCCGGCCCCGCUGCCUACGCCUUCUUCUCCCGGACCGCCAUGAACCUUCGCGAAAAGGACGACGCAUGGGCCGCGGCCUUUGGUGGAUUCAUGUGCGGCGCCAUCCUCGGCCUUCCCUCCCGCAAAAUGCCCGUCGUGCUUGGCCUCGGCGCCCUCGUCCUCUCGGUCCAAGGACCCCUCUACUACCUCGGUGGCCGCAUCGACUCCUACAAGAAGGAGGACGACGAGUUUGAGCGCAAGGAAAUCAUUCGUCGCACAACGCGCGUGCCCAUUGAGCAGACGAUUGCCGAGAUUGGCGAGGGGCGAGGCAUCAAGCCCCCGGGGUACGAGGAGCGGAGGCGAGAGCGCAUCAAGGAAAAGUACGGCUUCGAAAUCAAGCCCGUCAAGGCAACCGUCGAUGGCAGCCAAUAG